AUGUUCAACACCUACGAUGUUCAUUUCAAUGCUUCCUGGGCUCUGAUUCAACUAUGGCCCAAGAUCGAGAUGGCGAUGCUCUACGAUUUGGCCGAUAUGACUGCCUCGGAAGAUACUACUUCAGUUGUCUUUAUGUACAAGGGCAUGAAAAGACAACGGAAUGCCCAAUUGAGUGUCCCACAUGAUCUUGGUGAUCCCGAAGAUGAACCUUGGGUCAAUGUAAAUGCCUAUAUCAUGUAUCCCACUGAUGAUUGGAAAGAUCUUUCACCGAAGUUCCUUCUCAUGGCAUGGAGAGAUUGGAAACUUACUGGCGAUACUGCUUUCCUGCAGUAUGUUCUCCCAAUCUGCUUGGCUGUCGCAAGGUCAUGUCUGGAGAAGUGGGAUACAGACGGUGAUGGAAUCAUUGAGAACUCCAACUUUCCUGAUCAAACGUACGACAUGUGGAAAGCUAAAGACUUGAGUGCUUAUGUCGGUGGAUUGUGGAUAGCGGCGUUGUACGCUGUUUCCGACAUGUUGAGUCAUGCAAAAGACUUCAACUCACGUAUGGGAUCAAUCAGUAAAUGGGCUCCGAUUGAUGAUAAUUUCUCUUCGCUUCUGAAACGAGCAAAGGAUGCUUAUCGAAGGGAGCUUUGGGACGGCAAAUUCUACCGAUACGAUAGCACAGUUAAACCAAAUUCGCGUUCAAGUGCUGUAAUGGCUGAUCAAUUGAGCGGAUACUGGUUCUUGAGAAUGGGGGGUGCUCCAAUUGAUGCCAUUAUGCCCGCGGAAUCAUCAAAUGAAACACUGAAAACCAUCGUUAAACUGAAUUGGCUCAGUAUUCAAAACGGUCACAUUGGAGCAAUUAACAGCAUUCUAUCCAACGGUAAAGCCGAUAAUGAUAACAUGCAAACGGAGGAAUUCUGGGUCGCUGUGAACUAUAGUAUCGGAGGUCUUCUAAUCCUUCAUGGAAUGCGGUCAGAAGGCUUUCGACUAGCAGGAGCAUGCUUCGAUCAUGUCUGCAAUAAGAUGGGUCUGCAUUUCCAAACUCCAGAAGCAUAUACUAAGGAUGGAACCUAUCGAUCGCUGGGCUACAUGCGACCUCUGGCUAUCUGGAGUAUUCAGCGAGCACUAGAAAUGGCCUCUACGCCUUCUCAUCAUCAUUCAUCACCUCCAUCGCCACUACCAAUCACUGCCUCGAAAUAG